CCGCAAUACUUUCAUGAUUUCAAUCUAGAUGUUGUCAACUCUCAGGGUUUCUUGUUAGCCACAGCAUAUUGUAUUUAUCAAAACAAAAUGGCGGACGAAAAUGUCAUGGAAAAUUUGGAUAAUCUUUUAAUACAGUUAGCUCUGCAGACUCGAGAAUUAUCUGUAAAGAAAGAUGAUCUACAGAUGCACAUUCAAGUGUGCAGAGCAAAUAUUCAACAGAAGAAGACUUACAUUGAGGAGAAUAAAAGCAUAUUGGGAAACUCGACGAGCAGAUUACAGAGAAACAGAAGACAGUUCAGCAUUACAAAGAGAACACUAUGGGCCUGAAGAGAACUCACAGCUUAUUGCUGCAGUAUGAGAAAGUCUUGGAGAGCGAACUGGAGCGCAGACAAGAAAAUUGCAACCGAGACACUAAAAUGUACCAGGAGCGUGUGGAGGGCUACAAGGCGGUGCUAAAGAAGCACAGGGAGCAGUACCACCAGCACCCGCUUGCCCAGAAGCUGCUGCGGAUCCAGGCAGACAACGAGGACAUCGAGAGGAGGAUCAGGGUCUGGGAGGACCGCAUAGCCGCGGGGGAGAAACAACGGCAGGCACUACAGGGUGCAUCAGUCUCUACAGCCCCUCCAGAGAAUCCAGAGGAAAGUGUGUCAUUAGGUCAGGUGGAACUUCAGCUGGUUGAUCAGGUUGAGCCAUCAGUGGACGCUAAGGAUCAGUUGUCACAGGGCGCUGGCUGCGAUGGCCAGGAUGAGGAUGCUGGGUUUGGAGAGGAGAGGAUGGAGGAAGUGGGGGCGGGCGACCCCGACAGAGACCAAAGCAGAGCUGCUGCAGCAGGACCAAGCCCAGGGGGAGGCCUUGUGUGGACCAGCCCAGAAGCCAGAGCAGUGCAGAGGGAGGUAGCAGAGCAGGCGCAGCAGGGAGAGAUGGAACAGGAGGACAGCUUUAACAUGUCAGGCAUCGCUGAAGAGAUGGACAAUGAGCUUGAGGGGGUGGCAGUGGAGAACACGGGUCAGGACCAGGACCCCCCCACUGCCCCUGCCACCGCUGCCCCCUCUGGGGCCUCUGAUGUGGGGGCCACUGGGGACGCUGCCGUCUGCCCUCCUACUCCCCCCUCCAGGAUGAAGGCGGUUAUGUCCACGCCAACCUUCUCACUCAGUAGCCCAAACGACUCUCUUGGUCGCCGUGACAACUCCGAGAGGAUACCCCCAGGCUUUGUGUUCUCUGGCCCUCUUGGUUGCCGUGACGACUCCAAUGCGAAGUCCCCAGGCUUCAAGUUCUCCGGUCCUCUCGGUGGCCGUGACGACUCCGAUGCGAAGUCCCCAGGCUUUGAGUUCUCUGGUCCUCUCGGUCGCCGUGACGACUCCGAUGCGAAGUCCCCAGGCUUUGUGUUCUCGAUGACCUCUGAACCCUCUACUCCGGCCUUCUCUGGAUUCGGAUUCGACAUGGGCUCCGCUGCACAAGAGGAGGAAACCCCAUUCACAUUCACAAGUGAAUAUUUCAGUGACAAGAAAUCAUCUGAAUCAAAGUUCUCAGGAUUUCCAUUUGACCAGUCUGAGAGCAGGUCUGAAGAGGACUUCCAGUUCUCCUUCUCAUCCAAGAGCCCUCCACUCUGA